AUCGAUGUAGGGGAGGGCAGUUGCAGAGCGAUGCUCAUGUAUCUCUCCUCAAGCAGCUGACAAGCCAGGACCAGGGGACAGCCUGAAAGCAGGGAGAGAAAAGCCAGAGAGGAAAGAGCCCGGAGGAGGUGAGCUGUGCUGUGUUCUGUGGGAUCUCCCUGCCUCCCUCCCUACACCGACAGAUUGUAUGAGACUGCACACAACUCCCCCCCCCCCCUUCCUGUUGCCCGGAGAUCAGCAGCCCUUGGAGGAGGGGGGAAGAGAGAGAGGAGGAGGAGGGGGAGAGAAGAUAGAGGAGAGAGAGAGGGAAGAGAGAGGGGAGAGAGGGGGAGAA